CGUGUAAGUGGGUGGAUUCAUUUCAUCGUUGCCGCAUCGACAUACAGUACUGUACAUCGUCGUCAUGGCAACGCGCAUCAUAGUUUGGUAACCAUAGCAACUUAGGCGGGUCUGCUGCUAGGCGCGGUGCGUUGGAACACGUCGAACGUGCGUACGUGCGCCUGCUGGACGUUGACAUUUAAAUACCGGUUCGAUUCGUCCUGAAGCUAGGGUUACGUUCUUUUUGUUUGGAUUUGUUGCCGUCAUGGCAGCGUGCCUAGUGACUUCAGCCGCUCUGUUUACUAUGUCGUAAAACAGCCGCAUCUUAUAGCGUAAACAAAACGGGCGCUCAUGUUACCGAGGGGGCUGACACCUGGGUGGCGACACUGACUCGACAGAAAUGCCGAAGUACAGGUACUUGUUCCUGCUGGUGCUGGUCAUACUCGUGCCGUCCCUGGCUACGGUAGGGCUGGUACAGGACAAGUCAGUCGACAUCCAUACCGCCUGGGCGCUGGCUCUCAUCGGGGACACGUUCUGGUCCACACCAUGGCAAUGCCCACCUGUAGGUCAACUCGCCCUGCUAGCCGUUGGUGUUGUCAUAGCUGCAUGGCUUUACCGGCUUCUGUUGUGCCCAUUGAAAAUCAGCCGGACACUUCACGAUGUCGGGUAUAACCAACAGGCCGGGUACAGCCGCAAGGACGUCGCGAACGACGUGCGGCGGCGGCGGCGGAGAGGCGAGCUGCCCCCGGUCUACCCUAACGGCUGGUUCAGGCUGAUGGACUCAUGUCAACUCCGACCCAACCAAGUGGAGGGAGUCACAGUGCUCGGAGAGAAGCUUGCGGUGUUCCGGAGUGCUGCCGGGAGUGUGUCGGUGCUGGACGCCUACUGUCCCCACCUGGGGGCGGACCUGGCCGUGGGAGGACAGGUGGUGGGAGACUGUCUGCAGUGUCCCUUCCACGGCUGGAAGUUCAGGGGAGAGGACGGCAAGUGCAUGGGCAUCCCGUACGCAGAGAAAGUUCCUGACUUCGCCCGUGUGAAGUCGUGGCCGUGUCUGGAGAGGAACGGCUGUAUCUACAUCUGGUACCACUGUGACGGGAUCGACCCCACCUGGACACCGCCCGUCAUCGACGAGAUCGCCUGCGGGGACUGGACCUGCCGCGGCACCACCGAGCACAUCAUCAACGCACAUAUCGAGGAGGUUCCAGAGAACGCUGCGGACAUCGCUCACCUGAACUACCUGCACGGCCCGCUGGUGGCGGCUGGGGUGGACCUCUCCAGCAUCUACUCCUCCGCCUGGGACUUCGCCAAGCACGUGUGGCGGGCGGAGUGGCAGCCGGACCCCGCCCCUGACGCGCACAUCAGCACCAUGCACACCCAGCACAUGGUGUACCUGUUCGGACGGAAGGUCUCCAUCGCAGACAUCAAGGCUACUGCCCGACAGGUCGGACCUGGUAUCGUGUUCCUGUUCCUGGAAUCCGCCUUCGGUAACUUCAUGUUGGUACAGUCCAUCACGCCGGUGGAGCCGCUGCUACAGAGGUUGACCCACAGCGUGUACACCGGCCGCUGGGUGCCGACAUGCCUUGCCAAGUUCCUCCUCUGGGGGGAGUCUGUACAGGUUGAGAGAGACAUCAUGAUCUGGAACAACAAGUGCUACGUGCCCAGACCGCUGCUGGUGCGGGAAGACUCCAGCAUCGCCCGCCACCGCCGCUGGUACGCCCAGUUCUACAGCGAGAACAGCCCCAGGUUCAAGAUAGAGAGGAACAGUCUGGACUGGUAGAUGCCGUCUGCAGGGACGCUCUACUUCAGAAGUUGACACCUGUGGGGAGGUCAGGAAUAAUCUCCAAGCAGGUCACAGGGUGGCAAAAGA